GUUGUUGAAGUAGAUAUUUGUAAAUAAAUUCACCGCAUGCAUUUUUGUAAUACGCCUAAGAAAAUGCCUCAUGGAAAUGAAGGAGAUCAUGCUGCAAGUAACAAGCUACAAGUCAAAAAAAUCUUCGUAGGUAGCAAUAGUAUACAGAUACCGCCACUGAAAACGACUGGUCGAGCACAACAGGAAUAUUUAGAUAUAAGUCUUGACGAUGAACCUUCUCCUUCACCAUGCAGCUCAACGACAUUAUCAUUUUUCUCCACAACUAGUGAUGAAUUUUUUGUUGCAACACCAGAACCUACCAUUAUCUCACUUCAACCUCAACGAGAAAGUGUGCGUCAUCCGGUACGAAAGGUGUACCAUCACCCACCCGUAAGGAUGAAAAUUUGCAAACCCACGGAACAAGAUUUUGUGGGUUCCUCGACUCUUAUCGUUACUGACUCCCAGGCGGACUCGAACAAACACAUUUCUACAUUAGGGUCUGUAGUAAUCGGAUAUCAUGACAAACCAGGCAAUGCUGAUUUUGUAUCACAUGACGAAUUUUCGAAAAGCAAUGUGAAUGAUGACGUAAGGAUAUCAUCACUCACAGGUCCCAAACUGAAAGCAGACCAGUCUGGUAAGCAGCAACAAUUUGAGCUAAAUUCAAGUGACCCGACUAAUGUGAUGGAAAACAGGAAUUCCAACCAUGCAGUGAAAGUUCAACCGACUGUAGUCAUGCGCAGAUCAAAUCUGAAAAAACGUGGUCCAUCUUCCAGGCUUAUCAUGCGCCACAUACCUAAUGAAAGUGAUUUCGUUUCUCCCGCUGAGCAACGCAGUCGACCCCCACCACCGGAUUUUGUCAACUCAGAUUUUGACAAGGUUAAAAACAAACCGAUUUCGUCACGCCAACCAGAUCUUGACGUCAUGUUGUCUGGAGCGGUUAGGUCAUCUACUUUCAAGAAAUCAGACUUUAUUCCUGCUGCUGCUAUUCCAAAAGAUGCUUUGAACAGAGCUAAGAGCAAGUCGUUAUCAGAUCUUAGUAAGCGAGAAAACAAAAUGAAAAGAUUUUGGGAUCGUAAAAAGGUGGUUCAAAUGAAUACAGAAGAUAAGGAAAGAUGCUCGCAUACAGAGAUAACACCGUCAUCAAUGAUGACCCUCGCCAUGGAACUUCUUGUGUCUAAAGAUAACAAAGCGGGCAAAAUGUUCAGUGAAGCAAGGAGGAGAGCUGACGCUGCAAGUGGUGAAAGUGACUCUAUAUUGCCCCAAUUAUGGGUUAUACCGAAAUCUAAUCAAAAAGAAGCAAUUGAAAAAACAGCAUCUCACCUGCAACCAGUUUUAAAAUCUCCUUCACCAACGCCUGAUUUUGACAUUAAAACUUCCUUUGCUAAUAAACCUACUGCUCUAAAUCCAGAACACUACGUAAAAUAUGAUCAGCAACGUACUAUUGAAUCGAAUUAUACUCACGUGCCUUCACAUAUAGCUUCGCAGCAUAAAACAGUUAAAAAGGGUUAUAAUGACUCACAAUCAAUCCGCGAGAGAACACGAAGUGCGGAAUGUUAUCCACGGCAGAGAAUACCAAGUGAAGAUGUAAAAAAAGAUCUUAUGACGUUAACUGUUGCUGACUUAGUUGGAUCUCCGGACACAGUGUAUACCGAUACUGAAUCUGAAUUUGAUGACAAAGAUUGUCAAGUAUUACACUCGCCACAGAAAAAGUCGAGCACUGCAAGAUUUUCAAAUGAAGAACAAAAAAGAGUGAAUAAAAACACGAUUGUUAGAGAACCAAUCUUCGAAGAAAAUAUUCUAAGUUCAAAUGACACGCCUUCAGCGACACAGUGCUCACAUUCGUUUCCACCCGAAUUGUCUUUGAAUGCACCGCCAUUAGCUGGGAAGGCGAAGUCGCAACAAUUAUAUAGAGGAGUUGAAAAAGUAUUGGAAACUCCUCCAAACCAAUAUAUGUCUUCAGCUAUUAGUCAACAGGACAACAAAAAGGCCCAACGUGAUAGUUCAGACAUCGUACUGCCUAGAACAAUGACUUUUAAUCAAGCGAACAAUAACAACAAUGGUAUACUUUCGGUACAAGCUGAUUAUUUCAGCAACAAGGUUAUGAAAUUGGAUAAUGUUGGAAAUGUUGCAUUCAAUGAGAAAGACAAAGGUUGCACUUCAAAUAAACCAUUGAAGAUAAGCGAAAAUGAUGAAGUUAUUACUCCAUCGUCACUAAAACACGUUGUUUCUAAAGACGACGAAACAAUCGAUGACGAAAAUGCAGAGAUUCGUCAACCUCGUUCUUCAAGAUCGUCUUCUAUAUCCAAUUCAUCGUCUUUGACCACCGUGUCAUCACUUGCAUUGUCAUCAUCGAGUUCACUAGGAAACGCCGAACCGGAUUUAAAAGAUUCCACUCAGUGUAAACGUGAACCAAUUGUUUCCUUCGCUGAUUAUGAUAUUGAAACCAACAAGGCAGACAACUGCGAUAAAUUUCAUACACAUAUGACACAAAACGGGCAAUCCGUAAUGCAAUCAAAAACCAGCAAACAAUUAAGUAAAGAGAAUGAAAAUCCAAAUUGCGAAUUUAUUCAAGAAGUAUCAACUACUGCCUCACCAGCGCAAAUGGGCGCAGUUCCUAUGCCCCCUCCGCGAAGUAAUAGUCAUGUUGCAAUGGUCAAGUUACGAAGAAAAAAAUUUAUGGAGGAAGCCAAAACACAACAAGUAAGGAGCGAUUUGCCUGAUUCUCAAAUGCGCAAAAAUGAGCAACAUGUACUUUCAAAAUCAUCAAAAUUGAGUAAAACAACUGAUACAUGCACAGAAGAAAAUUGGCUGUUUCCUGGCAUACAAAACAGCAGAGUUGGAAGUAGACCGGUGGAAGAACGGAAAUUGAGAUUACCGUUAGUAGAUACAAAUACAAAUAGUUUUGAACCCCAGACUAGCAAAGAUUGUGGCGUGUCGAACAAACAAAAUGUAGUACGUCAGCAAUCAUCUCUAUUAACAUCGGGCGACAGUAGCUCAGUGUGUUGUGAUGUUGACGAAAAGCCACAUUGCUCAUACCAGGUCGAUACCCUUGGGAAAGCUGGCACGCGUGCAUCACUCUUGAGUGAAAUCAUUCCUAAUGGUUAUUGCGUUAAAGCCAAAGAUAAGAGCAAGAAACAUAGCGACGAUGAUGAGAAACAGAUUCCAAUACACCAGUGUUAUCGACAGUUGGAUAGCUGUUUAGCGUUGGAUAAAACAGCGUAUGCAGGGUGUGGUAAAAACGAAGAUAUCGACGACAUGACAGAAAGAACGUUUCGUAAUGGUGAAAUAAGUGUCGUGGAUGGCUUCAAAGUAUUUCUUGCUCAUCCACAUAAAUUACGGGAAGAUUUUCAAGCAAGAAAUAAUGAGCCUACAAAUUCGAAUUGGUUUAUAUCCGACUUUGUGACGUCUAGUAAAAAUCACGAUUUAAAUAGCAAAUUAGAUUUAGAGCCAACGGAGGCAGUGGAAGAAAAUAUUGUGCUACCCACUGCGGCAGCAACACUAUCGAGUCAGCAAGAGAUUGCCCCCGUCAAUUCUACGAGUUUAGAACAAUCAAUAACUAAUAUAGACACAGAAUUCUUACGCCAAUCGGAUCCAGAUUCAACGAUCUCAACCAAAAAUACGAUAACGGAAAGUUUACCUCCAGGAAUAGUACGAUCUACUGACACAGAUUUCUGUUUUCCAGUCUACGAAAGUGUACCCCCAUCUGAGUCGACACAAAACAAAAAUAAGAUGUCGUUGUCAUAUAAUGCUUGCCCCAAACCAUAUUCUAGAAGCACGUCGCAUCAUAUCUACAAGCCAGUGAAAAGCAGUAAUUUAACGUCACAACGUACGAUAUCACUGCAUGACAUAAAUCGAUCAGAAUCCCCUGCACAAUAUGGAAAUAUUCAGACAUGUUUUACUAGAUCACAGCCCCAGAUUGCAGCUGAAGAAACAACUUCACAACCAUCUGUGAAAAAGUUGGAAGAAGAAAGUAUAAAUAAUGAACAUCCAGACUUCGUGGAAUCGGAUGGAAGUCAUACAAAUAGUCGUAGCCCGUCUCACCAAUAUACGAUCCCAAGUACGAAGAAUUCAGCAAUAAAAUUACUCACGGGAGGAAUGAAUGUUUACUCCAGUUGCGUAAAAAUUACACUGAAUCCGAAUGAAUCAGAAGAAAAUGUCAGAGAAGAUGAAGCGGAGGAAGUUAAUGCUCCACCCAGUGUGCUCAUCGGUGCGUCAAGAAAAGGAAAUAUUGAAGAUGAAAAGGCUCAAAAUGUGCAUAAUCCUACUAGACGAAAGAGUUUUCCAAUGAAGAAUGAAAGAGUACGAAACGAAAAGAAUGUUAGAGAAGUUAUAGCUCCAGAAAUGAAGGAUAAGCUAACGGAUAAGCCAGCUAUUCCUCCUAAGCCAUCGUUACCUGUGCAUUCCGCAGUUGACGAAGGAGAUGAUUUUGCAGGUGUUGUGGAUGGACCGACUAAAAAUGUAAAAGAGAUUCGUGCCAUGUUCAAAGGCCCAGACUACGCUAAUUACGCAAAACCUAGACUACCGUUGAAAAAGACGGCGAUAACACACUCGGUGGCUGAGCCAGGCGACCCAGGAGAAGAUAAUUCGAAAUCACCCCAGACAAGAAGCAAAAGUCCCAAUGGAGAACAAACACAGGUGGCGCAACAGAUUCUGGGAUUAUUCAAAGGUGCUCUGACGUUGGAGAGUGACGUAACAGAUGGACAACCAGAGACAGAACAAGAACAUACAACGCCAACACAAAACGGACAUACCCAUACUGAUGAACCUCAAAUAUCACUCAAGGACAAAGUGGCUUCAUUUAAUGUCGGAAAGUCACCAGUCAAAGAAAUAGAGGACAACAACAACAAUGACGUUAAAGAUGACGUCAUCAAACAAAAUCCAGAACAAAAAUCUGCCGAAAGUUCUCAGAAAAGUCCAGAAAUAAUCACCAACUCGGCUCCUAUAACAAAUGGACACAAAAAGACUGGAGUAACUCAAGAAAAAGUAAAUGCAGAAUCUUAUGACGAAUCGCUUGAUCAGUUUUAUGACGUGCUUGAAGAACUGACUUCCAGUUAGUUCUUUGUCUAUUUAUUGUCGUGUCAUGUUUGAUUAGGUGAGAGUCUCAAUCACUGACUCAUGCCUGAUCAAGUUUGACCCGACACUGAUUUACGAAAAAAUUUGCGCUAAUUUCUUCCUGAAAAGAUGUAAAUUGUUUUGUUGUUUUCCGCGACAAAAAUAAAUCAAACUAAGAAAUCGGCUUGAACUGCCAUAGUUCAGACACAAUCGAAUUUCUCACUAUCGGUCGUGGCGGAAUGUAAAGUGAUUUUAGCAAAAGUGAGCUGAUUUUCGUAACAAAAUAGUUUGGGAAAAAAAACGUUAUAUUGGCAUUACAUUAUAUUGCGAAGUGUUUAAAUAUUUCUGUUAUAUUAAAGCUUUUGUCAAUGAGAUUCAAUUUUGAAAAUGCCUCAAAUAUGGAUUCUAUGUUAUUUCUUAUUGAAAUCGAAGAAUAGUGAUAUAGUCAAGAGAUGGUCGUAUUCGGUUGUGUGGUGCCAUUGUUUAUUACUAGUUUACAUUAACUACAGUGAAUUUAUUAUUGGCAAGAUGGGUUGCAUUUGAUUCAAAUUUUGCAAAUCGUUUAAACGUAAAUUAAAAAAGUUUGGGCUACAAGAGAAUAUUUAGUUUGCUAUUUAUAACACCAUUUUAUUAUCAUAUUUUCUGCACUGAGCUGGCUUUUUUCGUUUUUUUGUCUUAUUCUGCUUUCAUUUUGUAAAUAUUUCAAAUAUAUAUCAAUCGAAUGGACGAAGUUGUUUUCUGUUGAUAUAUUAUUGCAACCGCACAUUCUUGUCUUCUUAUAAACAUUUAGUUUUAUGUCCUGGAGGAAACAUUUCUAAAUAAUAUCAUCGAAUAAAGAAAAAAGUAACGUAGAAACAAAUAAAGUGAAUUGUAAAGCAGUAA